GUCAUAAAAUCCCUUAAAAAAAUUGCCGGUAUUUUCUUAGCUUAUUAAACCCCAUAAAUAUUUUUAUUUCAUGAAUAAAUUGUUAUUACAUACCGUACGGUUACUAAAACAUCUAAGUUAGGGUUUAAUAUAGACCUUUUCAGCGCGGCUUAAGGCUUAGAAAAUAAACAUAUCAAAUUAUCAAGCGACAUCCACAGUAGAAGUGUAAAACUAUUAAUAUGAAACGAGGUGCUUUAAUAGUUAUUGAAGGUAUCGAUAGAACAGGGAAGUCGACACAAGGGAAAAUAUUAGUUGAAAGCUUGAAAAAGCACAACAUUGAAGCUGAAUACAGAAAUUUUCCUGCCCGUGAGACAGAAAUUGGAAAAGUCAUAAAUAAUUAUCUAUCUUCAAAGAAUGAAUUAUCAGAUGAAGCUAUCCAUCUACUAUUUUCUGCGAACCGCUGGGAGCGAGCCCAAAAUAUAAUAAAAACUUUAGAAGGAGGCACAACAAUAGUGCUUGAUAGAUACUGUUACUCAGGUGUAGCCUUUUCAGCAGCAAAAGGUUUAGAUCUGAACUGGUGCAAGUCUCCAGAUGCUGGUUUGCCACAGCCAGACAAAGUUUUCUUUCUAACCAUGCCUCUUGAAGCAGUUUUGAAAAGGAAUGGUUUUGGGAACGAAAGAUAUGAAGUGGUAGAUUUCCAAAAGAAAGUGUGGAAUAUUUAUUCUAAAUUGAUAGAACCGAAUUGGGACGUCCUGGAUGCUAACAGAACAAUGGACGCAAUUCAAACAGAUAUUCUAAGCAAAUCAUUGGAGAUCAUAAAGGAGGCUGAAAAUAGCCCCAUAAAAAAAAUAUGGAUUGAAUCGUAACAUUCAUUUAAUUUCUUACCAGUCAGAGUAUGUGACUUUUGUCCUGUACAUAAAUAGCUAAAUGUUUUUUUAAAUCAUAGAAUGAAAUAGUGAUGAGAUUUGAGAAAGAACCAUAUCCUUAAAAGCUAAAAAAAAAACUUGUAACCAAACAAAAAAAAAAAUAGGUGUAACCUAGGUGUGUAAACACAAUAAUUUUUAUAUGAAUUCUUCUCCAUAAUUCGUUGAGCCCAAUGCUGAGGUUCAUAACGUUUAUGUUGACGAGUUCGCCAGCUAGCUCAAUCUUCAGCAGCGUGGAUAGCCUUGGAAACAGGCAUCCCUGAAUUUAUCUGUCUGUAGCCAGUCAACACACUUUUCCCCCAUUUCAUAUAUCUACUAUAAAAUAUUUAUCUAUUUAUUUAUUUGCCUUGACAAUGUGUUCAAGCUUCCUACCGAGCCUUGUGGUCGAGUCUGGUGCUGAUAAUUACUUUUCCUAGUAUGGAAGCAUUAGUGGGUGAAUAGAUAAUACACGUUCAGUACACUGCUGAGGUUGUAAUUGAAUAUGCAUUCUUACUAAUUAGAUUUUGAUAUUUAAUAUAAAACACAGUUUAAUAAAUAUACAAUAUAACAUAUAAGUCCAGUGGACAUUGUUUAAUUCUAUGAUUGAAUUGAAUGAUAAUGUAAUGUUUGGGUUUAUUUGAUAAGAGGCACACAGAUCAUAACACAAUGCUUCAGAAGCUGACUGAGAACUGACAACUUAGAUUUUGACCAUACUGUGAUUGAUUAAAAUAGACUUUAUUUUGCAGUUGUGAAAUCACUUUUUUUUUAAGAAAGUAGUACUUGACUUGAGUCAAUACUGUAAAUAGGUAUAAACUGUAUAAAGUUGUACGACCUUUAUAGAAACAUAAAAUGUUUUUGGUACAUGAGUCGUCUAUUAUCAAAGGUGGCAAUCUGUGCUUUUGGAUAAUUUUUUUUUAUUGAUAUGUCAAUACAGAUUGAUUUGAAUAUAAUCGUCUCCUUCAAAGAAUACGGUUCAAAACCUGCAUUAAAUAAAGGUUAAUAGUUAACCUGUUAUUUAUCUAAGAUGUCGUUCCGAAGAGUUUUGUGACUGCCAACGGAAUACAAAGUCAAUAAUUCGUUUUUCUGAUUUACCAAUCAUUGUCCAAAAGCCAGAUUGCCGGCUUUGAUAAUAGUCGACUCACAUAAUGUUUGAUAAGGGGAAUAUUUGUGUAGAAAAAAAUUGUCACUAAUUAUUUUUAUAAACUUUACAUGUUUUAAAUAUUAAAUUAGAUACAUUAGGAAAAAAUUAAUAAAUUUUAGAGUUUGUGUUUUUUUGCUUGGAAACUCAAGUUAGGCUUCUAGGCUAGGCUAUGCAGGUUAUCAACAUUCACCAAAUUUGUGGUGCAAUUUGUGAAGAAGAAAAUUACCAAACUACUAUACUUUUAAAACAAAUCAAAAUUUAAUUAAGACAAUUAAAUUAUAAACAAUGUCAUGAGUAGUUUAAACUAUUUAUUCUGUACAUUCUGUAACAAUAAUUUAGCACCUUCCGAUGAUUGUUGCUUCAAAAUAUUUACAUGUGGUUUUAAUUUUGCCUUUAAUUUCUUAUCUACUUCUUCACUAUUACUCUCUAUCAAUUUCAAUAGGAAAAAGCAACCCCUAUUUGUACGUAUCCACACUUUAAUCUGAAAACAAUAAAAUAAUAGUGGUUGUCAACAUUAAAAUUAUGCAUAUUAAAAAAUAAUUGACAUUAGUUUCUGGUCUAUUUCUAGUAACAGAAGUCAGUAAGAUAUAUGAGUCGUCUGUUAUCAAAGGUGGCAAUCUGUGCAUUUAAACAAAAAAAAAUUAUUGAUAUGUCAAUACAGAUUGAUUUGAAUAUAAUCGUCUCCUUCAAAGAAUACGAUUCAAAACCUGCAUUAAAUAAAGGUUAAUACUUAACCUGUUAUUUAUCUAAGAUGUCGUUCAGAAGAGUUUUGUGACUGCCAAUGGAAUACAAAGUCAAUAAUUCGUUUUUCUGAUUUACCAAUAAUUGUCCAAAAGUCACAUUGCCGGCUUUGAAAUAGUUGUCUCAUAUAAUAAUAAAUUACAAUAUGUUUUUAUAGUAUUUUCGGGAUUCGACAAUUCAGAAUCUAUGACUUACAGUUUCAUCAUUUAAAUGUUCACUUAUAGCUUCACCAAGAGUAUCAGCCGAUUUUUCUUUGUCUAAACUGGCUAGUUUUUUUAAGCACAUGUGUAUACCAGCAUCCUCAAUCGCCAGGGUAUCGUCCUUCCCUUCCACCUGCAUGUGCCAGUCAGUCUCGCAGAUCACUUUUGCCAAUGCAUGCAGAAUCUCUUUAGAUGAUUCUAGAAAAAUAAUUGUAAUACUUUAAAUGGGUGAAUAGUCACAUACUCAGUGUACCCCACGGCGUGCCCAUCUCUUUUUGUUUUCUAUUCAUUAUUUUUUAUUUAAUAUUAAAAAUACAAUUCAAAAUUGAUUUAAAUUUAGGGUGUGCUCACAAAACAUGUGUUUGAUAAUAAAGAUGUGAUUUAUUGAACAUUUUCACCAUUACUAAUUUUAAACUGUAAAUUCAAGUUUCUCAAUAAGAAUAUACCGUGCGUUUUACUGAUAAUGAUAUGGGCAGUUCACUGUUACCUUUUUGUAGACUUAAAAAUAAGUAUGUACAUAUUUACCUAUAGACAAUACAGCAACAGCCAACAACAUAUUAGAUUUAUUGCUUAGCCAGAAUUUAGGAUCUGUUUCCAUAUCUUUCUUUAGAGCAGGUAAUAUAGCUUCCCUAAGCUCCGAAACACGAAUUUCUGUGUCUUUCUUCGAUGUUCCACUCUUAGCACCAUCUUCCAAAAACUUAAUUAAACAAGGAUGGAAAGCAGCUGUGUCUUUUGGUUUUACUAACCAGUGAAUUACCUGAAAAUUAUUAAUAGUUUUAAGUGUCUGCAACCUAUUUAUAGAACUUUGUGCAGUAAGUAGGCUUUGCUAAAUUAUGUAAUGCACCUGUAACUAAUAAUAUUUCCCAACUAUAAUAGUUACAUGAUAGCUACAUUAUUUUACUAGAUUUUUUUUUUUUUUUUUUUUUUUUUUAUUGCCCUUGUAGGCAGACGAGCAUACGGCCCACCUGAUGGUGAGUGGUUACCGUCGCCCAUGGACUUCAGCAAUGCCAGGGGCAGAGCCAAGCCGCUGCCUACCGCUUAAUACUCUCCACAAGCCUCGUUUGAAGAAGGACAUGUCAUAGCGCUCAGGAAACACCGUGGAGGGGAGCUCAUUCCAUAGCCGGAUGGUACGUGGCAAAAAAGAUCUCUGGAAACGCACUGUGGAUGACCGCAGUGGCUCCAGGUAGUAUGGAUGAACUCUACUCCGGUGGCGGGCGGUGCGAUGGUAAAAACGAGAUGCCGGUAUCAUCUCGAACAACUCCUCAGAGCACUCCCCAUGGAACAUACGGUACAAAAUACAGAGGGAACCGAAGUCCCUCCGCAGACCCAGAGGCUCCAAACGAUCCGUGAGAAUGGGAUUAUCGACAAUCCGAACGGCCCUCCUCUGUAUGGAGUCAAAUGGAAGAAGCUGGUAUUUGGGAGCCCCGGCCCAGAGAUGGGAGCAGUACUCCACGCGAGGCCGGACUUGUGCUUUAUAAAGCAAAAGCCUUUGUCCAGGCGUGAAGUACCGCUUCGCUCUGUUGAGGACUCCCAGCAUUUUGGACGCCAACUUGGCUUUGCCUUCCAAAUGACUCCGAAACUGGACAUCGCUCGAAAUGUCGACCCCAAGUAUCCCAAUACUCUCGGACGGUUGCAGGGAUACUCCUUGGAAUUGCGGCGCCAUGACAAAGGGGUCCUUCUUCGCAGUGAACGCGCAAACUUGUGUCUUUAUCGGGUUGAAUUGAACCAAGUUCAAUUCACCCCAUUCGGAGACUCGCCCCAGAGAGUUCUCCACUUCAGACACAAGUUUUGAUCGUCUCUCUUGCACCGCGCUCCGAGAGAGACUCUGAUGGCCGAUAUAUCGCGCAUCCCCCGUGCUGUCAUCCGCAUAGCAAUGCAUGCCAUCAAUAGACAGCAUGUCAUUGAUAUACAGGAUGAAAAGCGUGGGGGAGAGCACCGAACCUUGUGGAACGCCAGCGUUAAUGGUCAUGGUAUCAGAACAGUCACCGUCUACAACGACCGUGAUGCUCCGCCCAUCCAAAAAGCUAGCGAUCCACUUGCAGAGACCCUCGGGGAUUCCGUAAGAUGGUAGCUUCGAUAGAAGUGCCCUAUGCCAGACCCUGUCGAAGGCCUUCGCGAUAUCAAGGCUCACAGCAAGAGCCUCGCCCUUGCUCUCCAAGGCUUCAGCCCACCUGUGAGUAAGGUAUACAAGAAGAUCGCCAGCUGAGCGACCGUGACGGAAACCGUACUGUCGGUCACUGAUCAGCUGGCGAUCCUCAAGAUACUUCAGGAGUUGUGUAUUUAUUAUUCGCUCCAUCACCUUGGAAAGCAAGGAAGUUAUCGCGAUAGGCCUAUAGCUCGACGGGUCCGACCGGUCACCCUUCUUGGGGAUAGGGUGGACGUGGGCGGUCUUCCAUGAAGACGGAACCCUGUUAGCGCAAUAAGAGAGGCGAUACAAACGCGUUAGCGCAGGUGUCAGCUCAGGGGCGCACGUUUUCAAAACCACUGCGGGGAUGCCGUCUGGCCCACUCGACUUAUGGACGUCCAGGAGUCGGAGCUCCCGCCUAACUGCACACUGUGUGAAGCAGAUAUCCGGCAGGGAGCUAUCACACUGGGGGAUGUUCGGUGGAGUGGCACCCCCGUCGUCCACAGUCGAGUUCGAGGCGAAGAGUUUGACCAGAAGGUCAGCCUUCUCUUUCGCGCUGUGGGCCAGAGUGUCAUCGGACUUGCGCAGUGGUGGGAGACUAGACCUGCAAAAGUUUCCUUCUGCAGCUUUGGCGAGCGACCAAAAAGCACGGCUCCCGGAGGGAUAGCUCUUUAAUCGCUCGCCAACUCUAGCAACGUGCUCCGACUUCGCCUUGGCAAUUACCUUCUUGUAGGACCUGGAAGCGGCGUUAUAUUUCCGCCUUUCCCCUGAGAUGUUAGGAUCCCGACGUCUCCUGGCAUUAUCCCAUGCCACGUAUGCGGACCGCUUGAGGUGUGCAGCAUCCCUACUGGCAUUGUUAUACCAGGGUCUGCUGCGACCCCCAACGGGCACUUCAGAGGAGGGAAUAAACAAUUCCAUCCCCCGGAGCACCACGUCUUUAAGACGGUCCGCACAGACGUCAGGAUCAGCAGAGGAAAAGCAGAACAGCCCCCAUGGGUAGGAUGCGUAAAAUUCACGCAAUCCAUCCCAAUCUGCUGACAUGGACCUGGAAGCGGCGUUAUAUUUCCGCCUUUCCCCUGAGAUGUUAGGAUCCCGACGUCUCCUGGCAUUAUCCCAUGCCACGUAUGCGGACCGCUUGAGGUGUGCAGCAUCCCUACUGGCAUUGUUAUACCAGGGUCUGCUGCGACCCCCAACGGGCACUUCAGAGGAGGGAAUAAACAAUUCCAUCCCCCGGAGCACCACGUCUUUAAGACGGUCCGCACAGACGUCAGGAUCAGCAGAGGAAAAGCAGAACAGUAUAGUGGUCUACAGUUUUAGAACUGAUAGUAUACAUGCAAUUCUGCAAUUGUCUGUGCCUUAUAAUACAGAAGAUAUUUUAGUCACUUGUGAUGAAGGGGUUUUGUACAUAUGUGUAUUUUAAAAGUAGAAAACUUUUAAUUUUUUAUAUAUACUUAUAAGAUAUUUGGUGCAUGUGCUGGAGUUUAAGAGGAGAAUGUGGAAUAUCCCUUAUUUUAAUGCAAUUGAGGUCUUAUAUGUCAAGACAGUAAUUACUUAAUGGUUUCUAAUAUGUAUGAAUAAAAAAAAUAUCAACAACAGUUUCUAAGCUGUGAAGAUCUUUCUGACUUCCAAUUUAUAUCCCAAUUACUAUUCUACCAUGUUCAAGAAAAUUCUAAAUUACUCACCAUAUUACCCCAGUGGUCCUUAGCAAUGUCUUUUAUAUUGGCAGCCAGAGUGGACACAAUAGUCUUCUUGACAAGAACAGUAUCGUCAACAGAGUCAAAAAUAGCAAUCAGAAGGCGGUAUCCAGUCUUAUGUUUACUUAAAGGAAUAGCAUGUUCCUUGACCACUUUUAAAAUUGUCUGAAAAAAAAUUGUUCUUUAAAAUCUAAUUUUAGCUUUAAGCUAAAUAAAAUUAGAAAAAAUCUGCUUUUACCAGUGAAACAAACAAAUUUAACAUUAUUCUGAACAAAUUUUAUUUUGACUAAAAUUUUAUAUAUGGGUAAGGCCGCCAAAAAGUAACCAUUUUGAUGGAUGACUCCGCGUCCGGCAUCUUUUUUAGAAUAAAUACAUGAAUACUAUCAUGUUUUAUUGUUUUCCUGGCAAAAGGCAUCCUUUCUACAACUGUUACAAAUACGCAAACGUCUGUAAAACUACUUCUUUGUAUUUAAUUAUGUAGUUUUUACUACGAUAAUACGAUUUGCUAGAACAAAUUCAAGUGUCCCAAAUGAUCCCCCAUCAUAGUUGGAAUGAAUUAUAUAAGUUUCAGUUUAUUCCACCGGCAAUAAAAAAAAUUUUUUUAAAGAAUCAUUUAUGUUAGGCAAUAUUUAAUUCCUUCACAAAAAUCUAGCUAUUGAAAUAUCAAUUAUUUUCGAAUUUUAACAUCACGUCCUAGUAUUUUAAGCUUUUAUGUUACUGAUUUUAAGUUACCAAAAUUUUUACAAUAAUUUAAGAAUUGAGCAGUAAGAAUAUGUUUUAUAAUUGGACACGCCAAUAUCUAACUUACUUAUGGUAUGUCACGUACUUAUCGGCCAUUAGUGAGAUGAUACGUGAGUUAGUUUGGUCCGCAUCGUGUUUUUGUCCGACAGAAAAAAGUUUUUACUGAUUUUAAGGUAAGUUUGUAUCGUUUUGCUUAAAUCGAAGGAUAAUUUAGUAAGUUUAAUGUUUAAAUAAGAGCUCUAAGCUAUAAACGUUGUUAAUUAUUCAUCAUAGUGCCCUAGGUUCGAGCAUCUUUUGAAAAGAGGGUAGAUUUAAGUUACUUUUAUGUUACUAUUGUUGUUAAUUUUUAGUUACGUAGCAUAAAAGUGAUGUAAAGCUUAGAACAUAUUUGGAAUUGUAGAACAAAAUUAUAAAAUGAUAAAAUUAUAAAUUAUAAAUUCAAACACAUCAACAACUUUUAAGUUAUCCGGUAACUUAAGCUUUUAUGUUACAUGAGUUCAAUUUAACGGCCUUACCCCAUAUAUGCCAAUACAUCACUAUUACUCAAAUUUGAUACUAUUACAAAACAUUGCAUUUAAUUUAAAAUAAUCUACUUUAUUCCUUAUUUAAAAUAUUUGUUAUUUCUAUUUUUAUCUAAAAUAGUGUUUUAGUGUAAUAACUAAAUAAAUAUAAAUACAUAUAAUAAAUAACUAAUAAAUAAAUUAAUAAAAAACUAAUAAA